AUGGCUUUCCAGUCUCGCUCAAUAUUGCAGCUGGUGAAACAAGCCCGACUUGAGCAUGGUAAAAAGUCUUUUGGACCGGUAGUCGUCGACCAGCUCUAUGGAGGCAUGCGCGGUCUCCCUGCGCUCAUCUGGGAGGGAUCAGUGCUCGACGCUGAUGAGGGUAUCCGCUUCCGUGGAAAGACCAUUCCCGAGUGUCAAGCGCUCCUUCCCAAAGCUCCUGGCGGCUCGGAGCCCCUUCCUGAGGCCUUGUUCUGGCUUCUCCUCACUGGAGAAAUCCCUACCCAGGAACAGGUCGCGGAUCUUUCAAAAGACUGGGCCGCGCGUGCUGCCAUUCCUGAAUUUGUUGAGGAGAUCCUGGACAGGUGCCCUCCUACCCUCCAUCCCAUGAGCCAAUUCAGUUUGGCUGUCACCGCCCUCAAUCACAACUCCGCCUUCGCACAGGCCUAUCAAAAUGGUAUCUCCAAGAAGGAUUACUGGGGUCCCACGUUCGAGGAUUCCAUGGACUUGCAAGUGAUCGCCAAACUUCCUAAUAUUGCCGGUCGAAUUUACCGGAACGUCUUCGGUAAAGGCAAGCUUCCCGCAAUUGAUCCCGCCAAGGAUUAUUCUGCCAACUUGGCAACCCUUCUUGGCUUUGGGGAAAAUGAUGCAUUUGUCGAGCUUCUUCGCUUGUACAUCACUAUUCACAGUGAUCACGAGGGUGGAAAUGUUUCUGCUCACACCGGCAAACUAGUCGGCUCUGCUCUCUCAGAUCCCUUCCUUGCCUUUGCCGCUUCUUUGAAUGGUCUGGCUGGUCCUCUCCACGGCUUGGCCAACCAGGAAGUGCUCCUGUGGUUGACCAAGAUGCAGGAAACCAUUGGCAAGAACGCUUCGGACGACGCCGUCAAGGAGUAUGUCUGGGCGACACUCAAGGGAGGCAAGGUCGUCCCAGGAUACGGUCAUGCAGUUCUCAGGAAGACAGACCCCCGAUACACCGCCCAGCGUGAGUUUGCACUUAAGCAUCUCCCUGAGGACCCUCUGUUCAAGCUUGUGGGCCAAAUCUACGAGAUCGUCCCGAACAUUCUUCUCGAGGCUGGAAAGGCUAAGAACCCUUGGCCCAAUGUCGAUGCCCACUCUGGUGCUCUCCUGACCCACUACGGCUUGACAGAAAUGCAGUUCUACACCGUUCUGUUCGGUGUCUCCCCUCCGAAAAAAGGAAAGAAAAUUUCGCUGAAUGAAUUCCUGGGCGAUAGCGCCCUGGGAUCAUGGGCGGACGAGAUGGAUUCUCUGCCGUCUGCUCCCGCUGCAAGGAAUGACGACGACUAUGGUCGACCGGGAGACAGACACGGUCGACGUGAUGAUUUCUUGUCAUCGCGACCGGAUCGUGUCUCUGGGCCCCCUCGCGAAGACCUCCCACUUCCCACUGCACCCCCAUACACAGCUUUCAUCGGGAAUCUGGCGUUUGAUUUGGUCGAAUCUGAGUUAGAGGAUUUCUUCGCUGCGAACAAGCCGAAAUCUGUCAAAAUCAUCAAAGACAGAGAUGACAAACCAAAGGGUUUCGGAUAUGUCGAGUUUGAGGAUUUGGACGGUCUGAAGGAUGCUCUCGCGCGCAGCGGUUCCAAUUUCUCAGGAAGAACGAUCCGUGUUAGUGUUGCCGAACCACCCAAGGAACGCUCCGGCUUUGGUGGCGGAGACGAUGGUAAAUUUGACAACCCGUGGCGACGCGAUGGGCCAUUGCCCGACUUGCCAUCGCGAGACUCAUCACGCCGUCGGUUCGAUGGACCGCGUAGUGACGAUAGGUUACCAAGCGUCUCUGAGGGCCCAAGCGACUGGCGCUCAAACAUGCCGUCACGCCCCGCCCAUACUCAGGAUGACGGACCCACUAGACGCAGAAAGGACCCCGGAUUUGAGGGAUCAAGUGGUGCCGCUGAUCGGGAGGAUUCGUGGACGAUAGGAAGUAAAUUCAAGCCCUCGGAAGACAGUGGAAGUCGGUUUGGUUCGAGAGGACGUGGGGACAUGGGCCCACCUCGGGAACCGGCAGGCGAUGACUUUGACUGGCGAAAGUCUAGGUCGCUAGGCAGGAGCAGUACCUCCCCAACGAACUCGACUCCACCUACACCAAUGCGUCGGAAAUUAGAGCUUUUGCCACGCUCUGGUAGCGCUUCUGGCACUCCCAGUCCCUUGUCUUCACCGAAGAUUGGCCCCACAUCCUCCGUAUCGGCAUCAUCUGCCCGCUCUAACCCCUUCGGAGCAGCCAAGCCAGUCGAUGUCUCUGGGCGUGAGCAAGAAGUUAUUGAACGUCUCGAAAAGGACCGUGAGCACAACCGAGAGCGACUGACAAUGUCGCGCACCAACUCACGGACUGCGUCUGAACGUCCUACCAUAAGCAGGACCGGUACCCCACCCGCCUCGACUCCUUCAUCUCCCCAGCCGUCUCAUGCGAUACCCAAAACAACUGCUCCGUCGUCAAACGUACGUCCCUCCUUCAGUUUCGCCCAUGCGGCGGCGAAGAGGGAGAAAAAAGGUCAAGAGUCUGACCCACCAAAAGAUGCUGAGGUCGAGACGGUUACUGCGCAGGUGGCGCAGGUAGAAGUUUGA